GCCUGGGCUCCUCCCGGCGCUGAGGAAUCGGAGAUCCGACGCUCGUUUUUCGGCUUUGCGCCCAUUUUCGGGUGCUUUAUGUUCCGCCGCGGCCCCCGCGGCGCUCCGGGCUGUGUCGCAGGGCAGCUGUCGUUGCUUCGGCACCGUGUGGAAUCCGGCCUCGGCUGCUCGGAGCCUCCUGUCGCGGGCAGGGUCGUGCCCGCGGCAGCGGGACGCAUGGCACCAGGGGCCCGGUCGGGCACAGCCGCGAGCGGAGGGUUCUAAUCAGCCUUCUUAUGUGAGCUCUGCUGUGUGUCUGGAGUGAACCUUCAAUAAUGAGUGGUGCAGCGUUGGGCCUUGAGAUUGUGUUUGUCUUUUUUCUGGCCUUAUUCCUACUUCAUCGAUAUGGAGACUUCAGGAAACAGCAUAGGCUGGUGAUCAUUGCAACAUUACUGGCUUGGUAUCUCUGCUUUCUAAUUGUAUUUAUACUGCCUUUGGACGUCAGUACGACAAUUUAUAAUCGAUGCAAGCUUGCUGUUAACUCCAGCCCUGCAGAAACCAAUGGCUCUUUUGUUACUCUUGCUCCAAGCAAGCAAAAAUGUUUCAAACCAUGGAGUUACAUCCCUAAUGGAAUUAUGCCAAUUUUCUGGCGUGUUGUAUACUGGACAUCACAAUUUUUAACAUGGAUUCUGCUACCUUUCAUGCAAUCGUAUGCUAGGUCAGGAGGGUUCUCCAUUACUGGAAAGAUUAAAACUGCACUGAUUGAGAAUGCAAUAUAUUAUGGCACUUAUCUGCUGAUUUUUGGAGCAUUUUUAAUAUAUGUUGCUGUAAACCCAAAGUUCAAUUUACAAUGGAAUCAACUUCAGACUAUUGGGAUAGCUGCUGCAAACACGUGGGGUCUCUUUCUUCUUGUGUUGCUGUUGGGCUAUGGUCUGGUGGAAAUUCCCCGUUCUCACUGGAAUGGGGCUAAGAGGGGUUAUCUUCUCAUGAAGACCUAUUUCAAAGCUGCCAAACUGAUGACUGAAAAAGCAGAUGCAGAGGAGAAUUUGGAGGAUGUUAUGGAGGAAGUUCGUAAAGUAAGUGAGAGUAUCAAGUAUAAUCACCCUUUGAGAAAAUGUGUUGACACAAUACUGAAAAAGUGUCCUACUGAGUACCAGGAAAGAAUGGGUAGGAACAUGGAUGAUUAUGAGGAUUUUGAUGAAAGACAGAACAGUUAUCCAAGUGAAAAAAGUUUGGUCAAACUUCACAAGCAGGUGAUUUAUUCAGUACAAAGGCAUCGUCGUACACAGGUCCAGUGGCAAAUUCUUCUAGAACAAGCCUUUUACCUAGAAGAUGUGGCAAAAAAUGAGACUAGCGCAACUCGACAGUUUGUUCAUACUUUUCAGUCCCAGGAACCAGAGAAUAAAAUUAUUCAGUAUUUCUACACACCAACAAUUGAGUGGUACUGGGAGUGUCUUCUACGACCAUGGUUUUACAGGGUUCUUGCAGUUGUUUUGGCCACAUUCUCUGUAAUUGUCGUGUGGUCGGAAUGCACGUUUUUCAGCACAAGGCCAGUUUUAUCACUAUUUGCAGUAUUCAUACAGCUCGCAGAAAAGACAUACAAUUAUAUAUACAUAGAGAUGGCCUGUUUUCUUACCAUCUUUUUCCUCAGUAUCUGUGUUUACUCCACUGUCUUCAGAAUCCGCGUAUUUAACUAUUACUACUUAGCUUCACAUCAUCAAACAGAUGCAUACAGUCUCCUUUUCAGUGGCAUGUUAUUUUGCCGUCUCACUCCACCAUUAUGCUUGAAUUUUUUGGGCUUGACCCAUAUGGAUGCAACAAUCUCUCACAGAGAUGCUCAGCCAACUGCUUACACAUCAAUAAUGGGAUCAAUGAAAGUGCUGUCCUUCAUUGCAGAUGGAUUCUACAUAUAUUACCCAAUGCUUGUUGUCAUUCUCUGCAUUGCCACGUACUUUAGUUUAGGAACUCGUUGCUUGAAUCUUUUGGGUUUCCAGCAGUUCAUGGGGGACAGUGAAAUGACUUCUGAUUUGAUUGAUGAAGGAAAAGAGUUAAUCCGAAGAGAGAAAAGAAAACGGCAAAGGCAGGAAGAAGGUGAAAACAGAAGAAGGGAAUGGAAAGAACGGUAUGGAAAUAGAGAGGAUUCCACUAGAAAUAGGGUUGUCCACACAGAGCAAAAAGAAUCCAGCUUCUCAGAGGCCAAUACUAAUAGACCACUGUCAAAGUACACUCGAACAAAUGGUAGGACUGAAAGAGAUAGAAUAGAACUUCUUCAGGAUGCAGAACCUUUGGAUUUUAAUGCAGACUCAGUUAAUGAUGACCCUCUUGAAUCGGACUCUGGAAGGUACCAGCCUGGUGGAAGAUAUCUGUCAAUGUCUCGAAGCAGAAUAUUUGAGGAUGUCUAAUCUAAAUCUAAAGAAAAAUCAUUGGCAAUCUAUUUCCUAUUCGCUGCUUGGAAAACAUUGUAUUUAUGGCUAUUGCUGAACCAGAAAAGAUCAUUUUUGUUUUAUUAAAAAAAUGAAGAAACAGUUAUAUUUUAGAAAUGUAUCUGUAUGAUAACUCUACCAGUUACAACAAGAAUAUUCUUCUUCUAUUUUAGAUGUUAUUGUGCAUCCAUAUGAGUUUUUAUAAUGAACAAAAGGAGAGAACUAGUAAUUAAAUUACUAGAGAUUAAUUUCAUAAAAAAGGCUCAACUUGAAUUACAAUAUUAAGCUUCAGAAUGAACAUUUUCUGGAAGGGUUUUAUUUGUAUAGAAAAAGAUGCUAUGAGAAAAUCUUGAUGCAUCCAAAGUGCAGUUAUAUUGAUUACAAUAGUGGACACUUACUAAAUUUUCUGUCUGAACAUUUAUGACUAGUCCAAAAUUUACAUAUUUAAAUUAGUCUUCUUUUGGCUUCAGUAGUCUUUAGAUCAGACCCUAAAUAAGCAGAAGGACUGAAUGGCAGUCUGUUUUCACAAAUCUUGCUGGCAUUAGUUUUAGAACUAAUGAAAUUCAGAAUAUGUAUUUGUCAAGAAAGGUAAUAUUUUCUUUUCCAGUGUUCAAGGCCAGGCUGGAUGGGGCCCUGGGCAAGUGAGUUGCAGCUGUGCCUGGGCAGUGUGUUGGAUUGUCCUUACGGUCCAACCCAAGCAAUUCUAGAUUGUGUGUGUGACUAGAUGAAAAUGGAUGAAGGUUUCACUGUCGUAUGAGUGUAUGUGCAAUAGCAAGGAAAUGUUAUCAAAGGCAUGAUGUUUGCUUAAGAUUUUUACAGUUCUAACUGUUGAAAAAUAUUGGCAGAAUUUGGGUUCUUUUUUUUUUUAAAGCAUAAAAGAAAUCUAAUGUGAAUAAUGAGUUAAAUUUGGAAAAAAAUUAUUUGCAUAGAUUUCAGACACAGCUUAAAAUUUUUGAGUGUUUCUUUAGAAGAAGGGAAAUACAUAGCACAACUAGAUAAUGCUGAACACUUUUAAUAUCCCACAUGUCCUGUUUGCAUUAUGUAUCAGUUCUUAAGGUGCCUGUAUUUUGCAGUAAAUUGUUGCAAAAAGAUUAAAUGCAUAUUCAUUUAAAUGCCAUUCAAAAAUGCCAAUUAUUAACUAUGUAGAAAUGCUUCUAUUUAAUUUAAUUGGUGUAGAUGCAUUUUAACUGUAGUUUGUCAAAUGAACUUUCAAGUGUAAUAAUAAGGUAAAAGAUGUGAUCAUACUCAUGAUAUCUUGGGAAAUACGAUUAACUUAAAAUGCUGCUUUAUGGGAAUUUGUCAUAUAUUCUUGCACUUGGGAGUUUUCUUUUUACUUAUUUCUAAAUGAUGAUGAAAAUGGAAAGAGAACAUGCUUCCGUCAUUAAUUCUUUAUCAUGCUUAAAAAGAUAAGCAUCCAUUAAAGCACCUGAGACUGAGAUAGUCUGAAAAGUAAACUUUCAUGAACUAUAUGUUCUACUAAUUUUUAGAAGUAGUCUUUUCUGAAGUAACUGUUAAUGGGGAUCUAACUCUACCUCCUGCAAUUUAGUACAUUGUAUGUUCUAACAGUAGUGGUAUUUAUAAUAUAUUGAUCUUAUAUUAUUAAUUUGACCUGCCUGUUUUAAAAUACUAUAUUUCUGUUAUGAAGGAGGAAAAAUGCUUGUGUAGAAAUGAUUAUGUAAAUAAAAGGGCAGACAUAAAGUAACCCUCACUUCUGAGGUGAAUACACUGAAUUACAGCCAUGCUCAAAUGUACCCAAGCUCAUGUAAUUUCUAUGUUGCAUGUAAGAGGACACAUUUUAGUUUGAGUAUUUUAUGUCUUAUAAAAGCGUGAUCAGCAUGAUACAGCAUGGCUGUAUCAGGGAAUGAAAGUCAAGAAAAUAGGAUACUUGUUUCUGGAUGCAGACUGUUCUAUAGCAACUUUGUGAUGUUACAUAUUUAAUUUUUAUUAGAUAAUCUUAGAAAUGCUAUUAUUAGUCCAACUUGAUCUGAAAAAGGUUGUAUAUGUUUUUUGGACAUCCAUCAACAAUUAACAUUUCUAGACUUUAUAUUUCUAUUUUUAUAGCUUAUAUGUCAUUUAAUUGCCCAAAAGUUUAUUUGUAAUUUGUAUUUGUAAAAAUACAUGGAUGAAAUAAGGUGUAAGUUCUUUAUUUAAUUCUUGAAAUGUCACUACAAAGGGAUCUAAUUCAGUGCUAAUGGAAAAACCAUGAAAGGAAUGUUUAUUUUUCAGAGCUCUUGUGAAGUACUCCUAUCUAGCUGCUGUUGACUUCAGAGUAUUGAAUCAGCCUUCUCAGGGCAUGAUUUUUCUGCAUUCAUAGACACAUAGACUCAUAGAAUUGCUCAGGUUGGAAAAGACCUUAAAAGAUCAUCAAGUCCAACCACAACCUAACCAUGCUGCCCUAACACUAACAACCCACCACUAAAUCAUGUCCCUGAGCACCACAUCCAAAUGGUUUUUAAACACAUCCAGGGAUGGUGACUCAACCACCUCUCUGGGGAGCCUAUUCCAGUGCUUAACCCUUUCUGUAAAGAAGUUUUUCCUGAUAUCCAACCUCAACCUCCCUUGGUGCAACUUGAGGCCAUUGCCCCUCAUCCUGUCACCAGUGAGAAGAGACCAGCCAUGCUCUCGCUGUCAGCACCUUUCAGAUAUUUGAAGAGAGCAAUAAGGUCUCCCCUCAGCUUCCUUUUCCCCAGAUUAAACAGCUCCACUUCCUUCAGUCGUUCAGACAUCGGUGGAAUGGUUGCUAGCGAAUUUACAAUUGAAACUUGUUGAGGGUUUUAUGUACAAAAGCUAACUAGCUCGUGACAUAAGACAUCUGUGUGUUUUCCUCAGGAUACAGUAAUAUGAGGAUUUUACUGUAAAUUAAUUGCUGUGGGAAUCCAUCUGCUAGUAUUGAAAUUAUGAGGUCAUUUAGAUGGGAAUCUUCUGACCUUUUGUCAUAUGUUGCAGUGGAGUAGUAGAGUAACUAAUGGCUGCUUUUUGAAACCACAGACAUGAGGGCUUUAAAAUAGCUCAACAGCUCUCUCUGGAUAGUGCUUAGAGAUCCCCAGUGUCACAUACCAGCUGGAUACUAAAGGUUUAAAUAAGGAGAUGAUAAGUGAUGUCAUCCAUGUGAUGUUUCAUCCAUGUAUUCAUUACUGACUAACAGUUAUUACUCUUGCUCUAAGUGCAAUUUGUAGCUAAUUAGUGUUUCAAAAAGUAAUUGUAAGUUCCUAUGACUAAAUAUGAAAAGCUUUUAACUAAAGAUGACUGGUUACAAUAAAAGAACAUGACAGAACCAAGCUAUGUACCUGCACAACAUUUGCUGUGUACUUGAGCUCACUGCAGACUACUUCAGUUACUGCUUAUAAAAAUAAUGCAGAACUUGCCCGGUGGUUAAGUAAGUGCCUGACUGUGGCAUCUGUACUGAGUUCUUUGCUACUGUAAUUAUACUCUAAAAAUAGCCUAUAUUAAAAGAAAUAUGAGUAAAUAAACUAAAACCAGCUUUGGCAUGUUUAA